GUUCUGCGCUUUGACGCACCGUGCAGCUAGGUGUUGUCGCGCGAUGUGAAGGAGGCUGCGUAACAGUGGCCGCAUUUUAAUUCUCGUCGCCGAAGUGUUGCUUCACCUUGUUCAGUGGUCGUUUUAAAUCUUUGGUCGAACGGUCAUCGCCAUUUGAGAGGCACGUACCACAUCAAAUAGCCGAGGAGAGGACUCCAAAAAAAUGUCGGGCACCGAUUCUGGAAUUGAGACUGGAAGCGAAAGCAACGGCAGCACGUCCAUGUCUGUAGGAUCCCCGCCCAGUCUGAACAUGGACAACGCGUUUGAUAGCACGGCACCAGACUCCAUGGAAGCACCUCUAUGCAUCAGUAACACCAGGCAUUCUCUAAUGACUGUGAACUUGCAGGAUCACGCCGAGCCACAAGACGAGGAAGUGGGCGACGCGGUUGCGCCUUUCUUCCGCAGCGUCCAGCCCCUGGCCGUGCAGUGCCUCGGCGCCAUGGCAACGGAGUCGUCGGCCUCGCUGCUUGGCCAUGACGGAGGCAUGGAGGACAGGCAGCCAUACUCGUCGCACUUCUGGCACGGCAAGAUGCGUAUGCAGCAGAGACGCGCCCGCAGGUGGCGAAACCUGUCGGCCAACUGCGCCACGUUCCGGAACAUCAUCGGUGAACGCAAGUUGCGCAUAGCGGCCAUCACAAACCAGAUUCCACUAGUGCGCCGUCUUCUGGAGACCGGCGUGAAUCCGUGCGCUGCUGACGAACGUUCCCGCACUGCCCUACACUUCGCGGCUUGCAAGGGUCACCUGGAAAUAAUCAAAAUGCUGCUCGAGCAUGGCGCCAACCCAAACCAGAGGGACAUUGUUGGCAACACUCCGCUGCACCUAGCUGUUUGCACAAGCCAUACAGAAGUUAUCACGCACCUACUAAAAGCUGGAACGGAUGUGAACUCGCUGGACAACUCUGGCCGCACUCCUUUGCACCUAGCCCAGUCCAAGCUGCGCGUCUUGAAGGUGGACGUCGCAAAGUCGUCGGAGAACGUCAAACAGGAAGUCAUGAAUGUGAUUGAGAUGCUGCAAGUGUACCUGCAGCGCAGUGGCAAGCCGGCGGAGAGCGACCUGCUGGGUGCCUUCUCCACCAGGCUGCGCCUGCACCAGACACGGCAGGAGGUUGACAACGAUGUCCAGGACCUGCUAUCCAGCCUGGCACAUUUAAGCCUGCACAAGACCUGAGCGACGAGAUUUGUGUACACUGUGCGAGAAAAUUACAAGAUGUAGGCAAAAAACAAUAUAUAUAUAUAUAUAUAUAUAUAUAUAUAUAUAUAUAUAUAUAUAUAUAUAUAUAUAUAUAUAUAUACACACACACUAUAUACACAUGUAAAGACGCAUGGACUGUGUGUGCCGCUCCAUCAGUGUCUCAGGAAGUCAUUUGUUUGUUGGCACAUUACACUCGUUACAGCUGUACUGUGGAGGCUGGCGAGGAGUGGGCAGCUUUAUUGUCGUCUUUUUUUUUCGCCCGGCUUUUACAAGGACGGUUUCAAAGUGCUGGAACAGAACAUCUACCAGAACUGCCUCCCAGGUGUGUCGUGCGAGUGUUGUGCAAUGUGUUCACAUCAUUUUGUUGUUUCUUUAUUUUGCGCAUUAAAACAUAUGUUUGAAACAAUGU